AUGGUCACUGAAGACGACAGACGCUGGAAGCCAGGUUUGUAUGGCCUUCCACGAAGAAAUGGAAAAUUAAAAGACAUCAGCCACUUUGAUGCAGCGUUUUUUGGGGUUCACCCCAAACAGGCCAACACGAUGGACCCGCAGCUGCGGCUGAUGCUGGAAGUGUCGUAUGAGGCCAUUGUAGACGCAGGACUGAACCCAGGCUCCCUGCGGGGCACUAAGACAGGGGUGUACAUUGGGGUCAGUGGUUCGGAGGCGGGCGAGGCCUUCAGUAAAGACCCAGAGGAGCUGCUGGGCUACAGCAUGACCGGCUGCCAACGUGCCAUGCUAGCUAAUCGACUCUCCUACUUCUUUGACUUCAGCGGUCCAAGCACAGCCAUCGACACGGCGUGUUCCUCCAGUUUGUUGGCGUUAGAAAAUGCUUUCCACGCCAUUCAUCUGGGUCAGUGUGAAGCUGCGCUGGUCGGAGGAGUCAACCUGCUGCUCAAACCCAACACCUCAGUCCAGUUCAUGAAGCUGGGAAUGCUCAGUCCAGAAGGAACCUGCAAAUCCUUUGAUGCCUCAGGAAAUGGUUACUGCCGCUCAGAGGCCGCUGUAGCCGUACUGCUAACCAAGCGUUCAGUGGCAAAGAGAAUGUAUGCCACUGUGGUCAAUGCUGGAAACAACACCGACGGUCACAAAGAGCAGGGGGUGACGUUCCCUUCAGGGCAGAUGCAGCAGAGGCUGGUGAGCUCUCUUUAUGAGGAGGCCGGAAUUUGCCCAGAGCAAGUGGAGUACAUAGAAGCUCAUGGCACUGGCACUAAGGUUGGUGAUCCACAAGAAGUGAAUGGCAUUGUUGGUGUGUUCUGUGAUAAAAGGACAGAACCUUUGCUCAUAGGUUCCACCAAGUCCAACAUGGGCCAUCCUGAACCGGCCUCAGGUUUAGCUGCUCUGGCAAAGGUGGUUCUGUCUUUGGAGAAAGGCGUAUGGGCUCCGAACCUCCACUAUUCUAAUCCAAACACUGAUAUUCCAGCUCUCACAGACGGGAGGCUCAGAGUUGUGGACCGGCCGAUUCCGGUCAAAGGUGGCAUUGUGGGAAUCAACUCAUUUGGUUUUGGAGGUUCAAAUGUCCAUGUGAUUCUUCGUCCGAGUAACUGCAGGAAAGUAGAGGGCAUAAAGAGCGCGACUCGAGUGGUUCCGGCGUGUGGACGCACAGAGGCGGCUGUCAGGGUCCUGCUGCAGAAAGCCCAGGAGCACUCUGAAGACCCCGGCUUCCUGUCUCUGCUCACGGACAUCUCCUCUGCUGCUGGGAUGGCGUUCAGAGGAUACACGGUGCUGGGUUCUGAGCCCAACAUCAGCGAGGUUCAGCCGACACAGUCUACGCACCGCCCAGUCUGGUACAUCUGCUCAGGCAUGGGGACCCAGUGGACUGGGAUGGGUCAAAGUCUGAUGCAGUUAUCAGACUUCAGAGCCUCUAUCCUGCGCUCAGACAAAGCCUUGAAGAAGACGGGGUUGGUUGUUUCAAAGAUGCUCAUGGAAGCCACUGACGACACUUUUGAGGACACAAUAAAUGCCUUUGUGGGCCUCGCCGCUAUUCAGAUUGCCCAGAUCGACCUGUUGAAAAAGAUUGGCCUGCAGCCUGAUGGUAUUGUGGGACACUCUGUGGGAGAGUUAGCUUGUGGCUACGCAGACGGCUCAUUAAGUCAAGAAGAAGCUGUUCUGGCUGCAUACUGGAGGGGGCGCUGUAUCAAAGAGGCCAGCCUCCCCCCUGGAGGCAUGGCUGCUGUGGGCCUGACGUGGGAGGAGUGUAAGGCUCAGUGUCCUAAAGGAGUGGUUCCGGCCUGUCACAACGCUGAGGACACAGUCACAAUCUCUGGCCCCCAGGAUGCAGUUCACCGGUUUGUCCAGGAGCUGAAAGAGAAAGGAGUGUUUGCCAAAGAAGUCCGCAGCGCCGGUGUGGCUUUCCAUUCAUACUUCAUGGCUUCCCUCGCUCCGGCGCUUCUAGCUGCUCUACAGAAGGUGAUCAAGAAGCCUCGGACCCGCUCUGGUCGCUGGGUCAGCACCAGUAUCCCUCAGUCUGCAUGGGACACUCCUCUGGCCUUGUCCAGCUCUGCAGAGUACCAUGUCAAUAACCUGGUGAGCCCGGUGCUUUUCCAGGAGGGUUUGAGUCUGGUGCCAGAGGAUGCAGUGGUGCUGGAGAUCGCACCUCACGCCCUGUUGCAGUCCAUCCUGAAGCGCAGCCUCAAACACACCUGCUCCAUCAUUCCACUGAUGAAACGAGGCCACGUCAACAACCUGGACUUCUUCCUCUCCAGCAUCGGGAAGGUCCACAUGAGCGGGAUCAACGUGGACUGUAACAAGCUGAGCCCGCAGACCCCGUACCCAGUUCCAGUGGGGACGCCUCUGCUCUCACCUCUGGUGGAGUGGGAUCAUGGUCAGACUUGGGAUGUUCCCACAGCUGCAGACUUCUCCUUCAGCAGCGGGGGAUCCAACUCUGCCAUUGUCUAUAACAUUGACAUAAAUCCGGAGUCUCCUGACUACUACUUGCUUGGACAUUGCAUCGAUGGUAGAGUCCUGUUCCCAGCGACUGGAUACCUGGUCUUAGCCUGGAGAACCUUGGUGAAAAGCUUGGGGAUGGUUCUGGACAGCACUCCUGUCACAUUUGAAGAUGUGGCCAUCCACAGAGCCACUAUUCUGCCUCGAACUGGCGCUGUGCAGCUCGAGGUGCGUCUUAUGUCUGCUACUCAUACGUUUGAGGUUUCUGAGAAUGAAAAUUUAACAGUUAGUGGAAAAGUGAGGCUUUCAGAGGACACGGAGUUCCAUUCACUGGGUCAACACAUAAUGUCAGCCAAUGACAUUGAGACUGACCCCAAACAGAAGCUGAAGGCUCCAGACAUCUAUAAAGAGCUACGGCUGCGGGGCUAUGACUAUAAAAAGACUUUCCAGGGCAUUUUGGAGUCAAACAUUGCAGGGGACAGGGGGGCGCUGCAGUGGACUGGGAACUGGGUGGUCUUCCUGGACACCAUGUUACAGAUGAUUGUGCUUGGUUUACCGGGACGCGGCCUGCGCCUCCCCACCAGGAUCCGCUCUGUUCAAAUCAACCCUCAAGCCCAUUUGGAGAAGCUGUGGCAGUAUGCUGAUGAUAAACAAGCUGUAGGCAUCAGUGUAGAUCACUGUGUGGAUGUGAUCGUUGCUGGAGGAGUUCAGAUGAGUGGACUUCAUGCUACUGUGGCCCCUCGCCGACAGCAGCAGCAGAGCCCUCCUACUCUGGAGGAUUUCUGCUUUGUUCCUUACAUGAAAACUGAGUGCCUGAAAGAGAGCCAACACUUGUCAGACCAAAUGAAUCUCUGCAAAGGAUUGAUCCAUAAACUGCACUUGAAGCUGAAGCCACAUGGUGUGGCCCUGAGUGUCCCGGGAGUAGAGAGUGUGUCUGUCAGCCCUGUGCUCGACCCUGUGCCCUCUGAAGCUGGUCUGCCCCGGCUCCUCUCUCUGCUGUGUGCUCUAGAGCUAAACGGAAACUUGGAGUCUGAGAUGCAGCAGCUGGUGGAGAAGGAGAGGUCCUGUCUGCUCCAAGACUCAUUGAUCCAGGGCCUUCUGAGAGAUGCUGCUUUCAGGCACUGCUUGGACACAGCUCUAGAAAACAGCAAGCCCGGCAAACUCAGGGUGAUUGAAGCUUUCUCUGAAGAGGGACAACUUUUCUCCCAUGUUUUAUCUCUCCUCAACAUUGAGCCCAUGUUGCAAGUGGAAUACACUGCUACUGCGAUGCGCCCUGAGCUCCUGAGCCCCUUCGCAGAGAAGCUGGAGGAGCUGGGGGUGGGCUCCUCACAGUGGGACCCUUGGACAGGUCCUGCUCCAGGAGCCACAGCAGGAGCUGCUGACUUGCUGCUCUGUAACCACUGGGGCCUUUUGCAGAGUGAACCAGAGAAGCUUGUAUCAAACCUUGCUUCUGGGAUCAGAGUGGGAGGGUUUGUGCUGCUGCAUGUGCUGCUGCAGGGGAGCACUCUGGGGGAAACCCUGGCCUUUCUCUGUAGGACCUCCAGCAGUGAGACAGGGGCCCAGCGUGGGAUUGUUUCACUGGCUGAGUGGGAGAGGUGUUUUCUGGAGGCCUCUCUGGAUGUGGUCAGUGUCUGGACGUCAUGUCACGGUUCUGCGUUGCUCCUUUGUCGGCGCCGUGUCUCUGCUCCAGAGCCUGUACUUCUGUCUGUGGAUGACACGUCCUACACCUGGGUGGAGACCCUCAAAUCUCUGCUUUCUGAGCCUUCAAACUGCCCUGUUUGGCUGACGGCCUCUGAGCCUCACUGUGGCGUGGUGGGUCUGGUCAACUGCUUACGUCAGGAACCCGGAGGUGAUCGGAUCCGCUGUGCUUUUGUAUCCAAUCUGGACGAGUCAUCGAUGAUACCGAGCCUUGUUCAGUCUGACGAAGUCAUGCAGUCGCUGCUGCGUAAAGACCUGGUGAUGAAUGUGUGGAGAGACGGCGAGUGGGGGGCCUUCCGACAUCAGCUCCUCACUGACGUUCUGAGAGUGGAGCCCACACAACAAGCGUAUGUGAACGUUUUAACUCGAGGGGACUUGUCUUCUCUGCGUUGGAUCGCUUCUCCUCUCAAGCACUUUACGUCCAAAAACCCAAACUCAAUGUUAUGCAGCGUCUCCUACAGCUCUCUAAAUUUCAGAGACAUCAUGUUAGCCACAGGGAAACUGCCCCCUGACGCCAUUCCAGGCGAUGUAGCCCUUCAGCAUUGUCUGUUGGGGAUGGAGUUCUCGGGUCGAGACCAAAGUGAGCAGAGAGUUAUGGGUCUGCUCCCGGCAAACGGCCUGGCAACAUGUGUGAGUGCAGACAAGAGGUUCCUGUGGACUGUUCCCUCAGACUGGACCCUGGAGCAGGCGGCGUCUGUGCCUGUGGUGUAUGCCACUGCUUACUACUCCCUGGUGGUGCGGGGCAGACUGCGGCCUGGAGAGAGUGUUCUGAUCCACUCCGGCUCCGGGGGAGUGGGACAAGCCGCCAUCGCCAUCGCACUGAGCCAGAAAUGCAAAGUCUUCACCACAGUUGGCUCAGCAGAGAAGCGAGCGUACUUACAGCAGAGGUUUCCACAACUCACUGAGGAAUGUUUUGCCAACUCCAGAGAUGCCUCGUUCGAGCAGCACGUGCUUCUCCACACAAAGGGCAAAGGAGUGAAUGUGGUGCUGAACUCGCUGGCGGAGGAGAAGCUUCAGGCCAGUGUGCGCUGCCUCGCUCGCCACGGCCGCUUCCUCGAGAUCGGGAAAUACGACCUGUCCAACAACUCCCCUUUAGGAAUGGCCGUCUUCUUAAAGAACGUCUCCUUCCACGGUAUUUUACUGGACGCUCUGUUUGAGGAGGACAACCCCGAGUGGGAGGAGGUGUCACAGCUGCUGCAGCAGGGCAUUCUGGGAGGUGUAGUCAAACCUCUGAAAACCACAGUCUUUGAAAAGGAGCACGUGGAGCAGGCCUUCAGGUUCAUGGCGCAGGGAAAGCAUAUCGGGAAAGUCCUGCUCAAGAUACGUGAGGACCAGGAUUCCUCGGUCUGCUCCCCGUUGACUCUUCCAGCCAUCUGCCGGACCUUCUGCCCUCCUUCUCUGUCGUACAUCAUCACUGGGGGCCUGGGGGGCUUUGGUCUAGAGCUCGCUCAGUGGCUCCUGGAAAGAGGGGCCUGCAAAAUAGUGCUGACUUCAAGAUCAGGCAUUCGCAACGGAUACCAGCUGAAGCGGGUUCAGGAGUGGAGGUCUCGGGGGAUGGAGGUUCUGGUCUCGACGUGUGACGUGUCCACGAUCAAAGGAACUGAGCAGCUCAUCAGUGAGGCGCGAGCUCUGGGACCUGUGGGCGGGAUAUUCCACCUCGCCAUGGUUCUCAAAGACGGCAUGUUGGAGAAUCUUACUCCUCAACAUUUCCAGGAGGUGAACAAACCUAAGUAUGAUGGAACGUUGAACCUGGACAGAGUCACACGGAGGAUCUGUCCAGAGCUGAGCUACUUCGUGGUCUUCUCCUCUGUGAGCUGUGGCCGAGGUAAUGCAGGGCAGAGUAACUAUGGUUAUGCCAACUCCUCCAUGGAGCGUGUGUGUGAGAAGCGGCAGAGAGACGGUCUGCCCGGCCUCGCCGUGCAGUGGGGCGCCAUCGGGGAUGUGGGCGUGGUCCUGGAGACGAUGGGAGACAACGACACAGUGAUUGGAGGCACUUUGCCUCAGAGAAUUACCUCCUGUUUAGAAGUGCUGGACCUGUUCCUGUGUCUCGGAAAACCUGUUAUGUCCAGCUUUGUGCUGGCGGAGCGUGUGGUGGUCAAAGGCAAAUCUGGCGGUCAGGCCGACCUGGUGGACGCCGUGGCCAACAUCCUGGGCGUGCGUGAUGUAAACAGCCUAAAUGCAGAGGCCACUUUGGCCGACUUGGGUCUGGACUCACUGAUGGGUGUUGAGGUUCGUCAAACUCUGGAGCGAGAUUAUGAUCUCGUCAUGACCAUGAGGGACAUCCGGCUACUGACGAUCAACAAACUGCGUGAGCUAGCUACCGGCAGCGGGUCCACAGCCAAAGAUGUGUCGGACUCGUCAAAGGGAGGGCUUGCCUCAGUGUUGGGCUCUGACAUCAGCAGCCUCCUGAUGGACCCUCAGGGCCCCACACUGACUGCAGUAAACUCAGUGCAGAAUCAGGAGCGGCCGCUGUUCCUCGUGCAUCCCAUCGAGGGCACGGUGUCGGUCUUCAAGGCCUUGGCGUCCGAGCUGCGACUGCCCUGCUACGGCCUGCAGUGCACCAUGGCUGCCCCCAUGGAGAACAUCCAGUCCCUGGCGGCCUACUACCUGUCCUGUGUGAAGCAAGUGCAGCCAGACGGACCGUACAGACUCGCUGGAUACUCCUUUGGAGCCUGUGUGGCUUUUGAAAUGUGCUGUCAGCUACAAACACAGGGCGCCACGGUGGAGUCUCUCUUCUUGUUGGACGGAUCACACUCCUUUGUAGCAGCAUAUACUCAGAGCUACAGAGCCAAACUCACCCCAGGCAAAGAGUCAGAGGCAGAGACUGAGGCUCUGUGUGCUUUCAUACAGCAGUUCACGGGGAUGGAAUACAAUAAGUUGGUGGAGGCUCUCCUGCCGCUCUCAGACCUGGACGCCCGAGUGACCACCGCUGUGAACCUCAUCACCUCCAGUCACAAGGACCUGAGCCCAACGUCUGUGUCCUUCGGCGCCACCGCGUUCUACAGCAAACUAAAGGCUGCCGAAAGUUAUGCACCAACCACAAAGUAUCGAGGCCGGACUGUGUUACUGCGAGCCGGGACCAGCAGCCACUACGAGCAGAGUCUGGGAGAGGACUACAAGCUCCAUGAGGUGUGUGACGGUCCCGUGUCGGUGCAUGUGAUCGAGGGGGACCACCGCUCCAUCCUCCAGGGCCCAGGCCUCACCUCCAUCUGCAGCAUCAUCCACAGCUCGCUCUCUGGAGACCCCCACACGGCAGCGCACUAG